AUGAUUUAUGUAGUUGUCGGAGGAGGCAUAGCUGGCGUAAGCUGUACAAAACGGCUUUUAGAAUCGAUUAAUAAAUCUGAUCACGUCAUUCUUAUCUCUGCUAGUAGGAUAGUGAAGGUGGUAUCUAACUGGAGUCAGAUCGGUAGAUUCUCCGAGAGAUUUGAUGUAGAGGAGUGCGAAAUGGCAACGGAAGAUCUUCGUUUCAGCUUCAUUGAAGCUAAAGUGAAUAAUUGGAAUUAUGAGAGCAAGGAACUACUUCUCAACGAACGCACUGAUCCAGUGAGGUAUGAUAAAUUGUGCAUAGCCACCGGUGCCCAACCGAUUGCGCCAUUUUCUAGCAAAAAGCGUCGUUUGCACGGAGCAAAGCAUGUCGCUGUGGUCGGCAACGGAGGUAUCGCCACGGAAGUUGUGUUCGAGAUGAGAGGGGUUGCCAUCACUUGGAUAAUUCGUGAUGACUCAAUCUCUUCCGUUUUCUUUGAUACGGCUAUUUCAAAGUUUUUCCAAAAACGCUUAGAUAUGGGAAGAGCGGAAGGCGAGAAGAACUCUGGUGUUCUCAAACGAUUACGGUAUUCACUGAGCGAACCCUCAGGAAAGGGCACGAUACAGAAUUUGUCAGGAUGUGCCCUUGGUCCUGACUGGACCUCAUCUUUUUCAUUCGAUUGUGAUUCUCAGGGUCGAAAUGUUAAUGUUAUUUACAACGUCGAAGUUCAAGAGGUAAUAGACGAAGAGGAAGGCGUAGUAUUGUCACUGUCAAAUGGUGAUCAAGUCCAGUGCGACUUCGUUAUCUGGGCAACUGGGGUUGUUCCGACAACGAGUAUUUGGAAGAAUUGUUGUCAAGAAAUGCGUCUUUGGACCCAGGCGAGGCAGAUGGGUGAUUACUGUGCCAGGUCCAUGAUGGUAAAUGGAAAGUUAGAUGUCGACUUCUGCUUUGAGUUGUUCACCCAUACAACCUCAUUUUUUGGUUACAAGGUUUGUUUUUUUUGUGAUAUUUGUUUCUUAAUUGAAACGAUCGAAAAUCUUAUUUUAAACAAAACCGAUUUGGAAGAGAUAGAGGAGGAUUUCUUAGAUCCUCGAAUUGAUAUUGAGGAUUACUUUGACUAG